AUGUGCACAAUUAUUGGUGAGCUUGAUAAGUGCAUAGCUAGUGAGGAUCCUCUUCUUGUUAGCAUUGGCACCUCAAUGAAAAAGAAGUUUGACAAGUAUUGGCUGCAACUUGAAGAUUUAAACAAAAUUCUUCUUAUUGCCGUGGUUUUAGAUCCAAGAUACAAGCUAUUGUAUCUUAAAUUCUUUUUCCCAAAGCUGCAAGUAGAUCAAGGAGGUGUGCAAGUGAAGAUCGAUGACGUGAAGAUAAUCUUGAGCUCACUGUUUGAUUUUUAUGCAGACAAAGAUCCAGCUGCUGCAGCAGCUUCAAGGAAUGUGACAAUGCCAAGGAUCGAGUCUACGCAUCAACAAGCUGAUUAG